CUCAUCUCAUUGGACACAAUCUGCCCACAUCAGCUUGGACAGCUUAACCCUUCUCACAUCCCUCCAUUAGCACUUACUUUCAAGUCAUCAUACCCCCACCCAUAACUGAAAAAACCAUCACCAGCACUUUUCGAGCCAAUUUCUUGCACCAUGGCUGCCUCUGCUGCUGCAGCUGCAGGCUCAUCUUUCUCUCCUUCAUCAAUUCACACCUUCAAACGCAUGCAUAUCAAGCACUGUCCAUUGGGUCAUUCUCUCCUCAAAGUCUCGCCAGCUCGCAUCAUGUUAGCCUCGUUAUAUCGCUCUGAUUAUGUUAUAGAACCACUUUCACAAGUUGCAGUCUCAUGGAGGGUGCCGAGAGUAUCUGCUUCUGUUGCUCAAGAGGAGGCACCUGCAACUGCUUCUGCGGUGGAGGAAGAGGAACUGGCUUCAGAAGAAGCAAAAGGAGAAACUAAUGAAAUCCCUGUUAAUACUAAGCUUUACUUUGGGAAUUUGCCAUAUAAUGUUGACAGCGCACAGCUUGCUGGAAUCAUUCAAGAGUAUGGUAGUCCAGAGAUGGUCGAGGUUCUCUAUCACAGAGAAACUGGAAGAAGCAGAGGUUUCGCAUUCGUGACAAUGAGCAGCAUUGAAGAUUGUAAUGCAGUCAUUGAAAAUCUUGAUGAAAGCCACUACAUGGGUCGCAUCUUGAGGGUGAACUUUUCAGACAAUCCUAAACCUAAAGAACCAUUAUAUCCAGAAACAGAAUACAAACUUUUUGUUGGAAAUUUAUCUUGGUCAGCAACAUCUGAAAGUUUGACACAAGCCUUUCAAGAAUAUGGUAACGUUGUUGGAGCAAGGGUUCUAUAUGACGGGGAGACAGGAAAAUCCCGUGGUUACGGUUUUGUAUGUUAUUCAACAAAAGCAGAGAUGCAAACAGCCCUUGUAUCUCUUGAUGGAGUGGAACUAGAGGGACGAGCGUUGCGCGUAAGCUUAGCUGAAGGGAGAAAAUCAUGAGAUUGUGGACGAAAAAGUGCAGAUUUUUGAAGGGAUGCUGAACAUCAAUGCCGAUAGCACCGAGAAUUAAUGGAAGGAAACAAUAGUUACUUUUGCUAUUGCAGUAACUUGGCAACCUGGGAUUCUCUUCUCUUACAUGUCUAUUGUGUUUGCCUGAUCUUCCCCUUCUGAUUCAUGAGUGGAAGUUCCUUAUGAAAUUUGUUGUGGUUUUAUUUGGUAAGGCUAUGAAUACGCUACAAAAAAGAAAAAAGAAAAAAGAAAAAAAAUCUCGUGUUAGCGAGAUGCUGCCAUGCUGCUUGUAUUGCUGCAUUUUAUACCUAGCUAACAUUUUUACUUGACAAUGCUGACAAACAAAAGACCUGUGUAUCACUUUCAUCUACAAUUGCUAGUUUUUUUCCAGAAUAA